AUGGCGACACGCGUCUUAGUGCACCUCACAGCGGUGCAGGAUGCCCAGGCCGGCCCGGAGGUGCAGAAGAUCGGCGUGGCUUUCCGGUCCUUUCCCCCCGAGCCGGUGGUGGUGAGCAACGUGGCGGCGGACAACUGGGGCCAGCGCAUCGGUUUCCAGGGAGGAGAGGAGGUGGUGGCAGUGAACGGCGUGGACGUGACCAACAUGACCAGAGAGGAGUUCAAAGACGCGCUCAAGGAGCGGCCUUUGACGCUGAGGUUCCGCGUGCAGCCAGAGGCGCCGCGGGCGCUGCGGGCCGUGGUAGCGGCAGCGGAGGUGGACAAGUUGGGGCUGUCCUUCUCGCAGCUGCCGCCAUCCCCGGUGGUGGUGAACAAGGUCAUGGGCUGGGCCCAGAUCGCCGGCUUUGAGGGCGGAGAGGAGAUAGUGAUGCUCAAUGGCAAACAGGUCUCGGCGAUGUCGUCGGAGGAGUUCAAAGCAGCGCUCAAGGAGCGGCCUUUGGACGUGAGGUUCGAGCUUCCGGAGGAUGAAGCGGUCAUCGAGGAGGUCACUGCCACAGAGGAGGUCACCAAGAUCGGGCUGGCCUUCGACCGGCUGCCGCCGGAGCCCGUGGUGGUGAAGAAGGUGGCGCCUGGAACCUGGGCGGACGAGAUGGGCUUCCAGCGAGGGGACGAGAUCCUGGAGGUGAACGGCCAGGAGAUCUAUACCAUGGACACGGAAGCCUUCACCCGAGCGCUGCGAGCUAGACCGCUGGUGCUCAGGUAUGCGUUGAGCGACCCGGAAGAGGUCAUCGCCGAUGUCUCCGUAGAGAAGAUCGGGCUGUCCUUCCGCCAGAUGCCGCCGGAGCGUGUCAUCGUAAACAAGGUGGCAGCCGGCACCUGGGCGGAGGUGGUGGGCUUGAACCCAGGCGACGAGAUCGUGGCACUGAACGGCCAGGCUACGGAGGACAUGGAGAGCGAUAGCUUCAAGGCAGCGCUGAAAACACGACCCCUGGUCUUGAGGUACUUCCCUGGCGAGGGCGAGGACCAAUCACCAUCAGCACCGUCCGCCCCAAUUUCGCCCUCUGAAAAGCCCCAAAAGCAGGCGAAGCAGGAGGCAACAGAACAAGAACAGGCGGCUGCCACGAAAAUCCAAGCGAUCCAGAGAGGAAAGAAUGCGCGCAAGGCCACAGAAGAGCAGAAACAGCAGCAGCAGGACAAGAAGUCAGCGGCCCAGCUAGAGGCAAAGCAGCAAGAAGAGGCGGCUGCGACAAAGAUCCAAGCGAUCCAAAGAGGAAAGAAUGCGCGCAAGGCCACAGAAGAGCAGAAGAAGCAGCAGCAGGACAAGAAGUCAGCGGCCCAGCUAGAGGCAAAGCAGCAAGAAGAGGCGGCUGCGACAAAGAUCCAAGCGAUCCAAAGAGGAAAGAAUGCGCGCAAGGCCACAGAAGAGCAGAAGAAGCAGCAGCAGGACAAGAAGUCAGCGGCCCAGCUAGAGGCAAAGCAGCAAGAAGAGGCGGCUGCGACAAAGAUCCAAGCGAUCCAAAGAGGAAAGAAUGCGCGCAAGGCCACAGAAGAGCAGAAGAAGCAGCAGCAGGACAAGAAGUCAGCGGCCCAGCUAGAGGCAAAGCAGCAAGAAGAGGCGGCUGCGACAAAGAUCCAAGCAAUCCAGAGAGGAAAGAACGCGCGCAAGGCCACAGAAGAGCAGAAGAAACAGCAGCAGGACAAGAAGUCAGCGGUCCAGCUAGAGGCAAAGCAGCAAGAAGAGGCGGCUGCGACAAAGAUCCAAGCAAUCCAGAGAGGAAAGAACGCGCGCAAGGCCACAGAAGAGCAGAAGAAGCAGCAGCAGGACAAGAAGUCAGCGGCCCAGCUAGAGGCAAAGCAGCAAGAAGAGGAGGCUGCGACAAAGAUCCAAGCGAUACAGAGAGGAAAGAAUGCGCGCAAGGCCACAGAAGAGCAGAAAAAGCAGCAGCAGGACAAGAAGUCAGCGGCCCAGCUAGAGACAAAGCAGCAAGAAGAGGCGGCUGCGACAAAGAUUCAAGCGAUCCAAAGAGGAAAGAAUGCGCGCAAGGCCACAGAAGAGCAGAAGAAGCAGCAGCAGGACAAGAAGUCAGCGGCCCAGCUAGAGGCAAAGCAGCAAGAAGAGGCGGCUGCGACAAAGAUCCAAGCGAUACAGAGAGGAAAGAAUGCGCGCAAGGCCACAGAAGAGCAGAAAAAGCAGCAGCAGGACAAGAAGUCAGCGGCCCAGCUAGAGACAAAGCAGCAAGAAGAGGCGGCUGCGACAAAGAUUCAAGCGAUCCAAAGAGGAAAGAAUGCGCGCAAGGCCACAGAAGAGCAGAAGAAGCAGCAGCAGGACAAGAAGUCAGCGGCCCAGCUAGAGGCAAAGCAGCAAGAAGAGGCGGCUGCGACAAAGAUCCAAGCGAUCCAAAGAGGAAAGAAUGCGCGCAAGGCCACAGAAGCGCAGAAGAAGCAGCAGCAGGACAAGAAGUCAGCGGCCCAGCUAGAGGCAAAGCAGCAAGAAGAGGCGGCUGCGACAAAGAUCCAAGCGAUCCAAAGAGGAAAGAAUGCGCGCAAGGCCACAGAAGAGCAGAAGAAGCAGCAGCAGGACAAUAGAUCGAAGAGUGGCAAGGUUUCAACUGCUAACCAGAAAGCCUCGUCCGAGGCCGAAGAUCAGCAAAAGGUGGGGAGCCAGCCGAUCCCGGCGAAGGCUUCGACGACAGUUUCCCAGGCAUCGUCUUCAAGCUCCGAGACUCGGAAGCGCUUCAGCAUCGUGUCUCCCCGCAAGAGCCAGCGCUCCGCGAAGAAGGAGGCCAGACCAGAGGUAAAGAGUGCGGAAGCGACUGCGAGCAAGACACAGGAGGCGAAAAGAGGAAAAGCGACGAGCGAGGCUGAACAAUUCCCCCAGCAAGAGGAUGCCAAGCGUGGGGCGGAGGCCGAGACUGCGAAGAGUGACGAAUUGGAGGCGAACUCCAAAGAGGAGCCGUCGCAAGCUCUUCAGAAGGAAGUCGAGGACGAGAGCGAAGCGAUGCCCUCGCAGGAAGACACCGCGAAGGAGGAAGCGAAGUCCAAAGACUCGGAGGCGGCGGCGACCAAGAUCCAAGCCUGCGAGCGUGGACGGAAGGCGCGCGUCGCCCUAAGAGCCAAGACUUCCGAGGUCAAGAGAAGCAAAGGCAGCGCCAAGGCGAAGGGCGAGAAACCACAGGAGAGAAGAAGUGGUAGUCCCCGCCAACGCGCCUCGGUGCGCUCCUCUUUGGGCGAGGCGGACGUGAAGCUUCGCUUCCAAGUGCGUGGCCUGCAGUAUGAGGCCUUGGAGGAGGAUGUGGCGGCGAUGGUCCUCUUCGAAGGCGCACUGAAGAUGGCGAUUGUGCAGCAGGCUGGUGCGCGGCUGCUGCCGCAGCAUGUGCAGCUCAGCGCCAGCAAGAGCCUGCGAGUCUCGGCCAAGAUCAGUGCACCGGUCGGGGUGCCGCUGUCCAUGCUCUUCUCCUGCCUCGACGGGUCUCGUGGCGCUUUGUGUGAGGCUCUAGAGCAAUCCUUGGCGAACACUUCGGGUCUGGGCGCAUGUCACUCAGAGGAGCCACUCGCUGUGGACAACCUGGAGCUGGAGUUUGGGGAGGCAUCGCGGAAGAACUCCUUUGUCGCAUCGCCGGGUAGGUUUGUCUUUGGCCGGGGGGCUUCGAGAGCUUCACGCCGCCCUCAGCGCUCGCGGCGCCGGCCACGCCCGCGGCGUACCUGGCGGAGGAGUGGGGCGGGGCAACGGGCUCCGGCGCCUCGCCGCCCCGCACUCCUCGCACGCCUGGCACUCCUCGUCGCCCCGCCUCGGCGCCCACGCGAGGGCGCAAAGACGCGUCGGCGCUGA